AUGCACCACUGUUUCUCGGCUCUAAAGAGCAUGCGUUAUCUGCUAUCAAAGGACCCAGGAGAAAUCCUGUCCAUCCACACAACGGUGGGUAUUCUAAUGGAAAGUUUCAUGGCUCAUUGGCGUCGUUGGGUGCCAUCUGGCAGUCUUUUAACUGAAAAAGAGUUACCCCUAUAUUUUCUUCUUCAGGGUGUAAACUCAAUAUAUUGCCACACUUUUCGCCCCGACUGGGCUUUUUCGACCAGCCUGCUGCCCCGUCUGUUGGUACAGUUCGACUCUUCUCGUAAUCAUGACGACGAGUGUGAGCUCCAGGUCCAGUUGCUAUGCACUUUCAAGCUCGCACACCACCAUGUCCCAGACGACAAGAAAAACAGGUUCUUUUUGAUGGGUAUCUUUAUUACGAAGCAAUGGAAUGCAUAUCGUUGGGUUGUAUACAAGAAGAAAGGUGAAAAAAUAAUCUUCCAGAAGAAACUUUAUUAUCUGAAAGAUCCGCACGCACUUGCCUCUUUCAUCCGUUUGGUGUAUAACUAUACAUAUUACGUCUACAACUUCGGUCCCAUCGUCGAGGAGCAAGACGUCGAUCGAUUGGCCAGGGAAGUCCUGGAGAAAUACCCUCGCACACUCGACGGGCCGGGGCACGAUAACGGUGCGUGCCAGGAACUUGAGUCCACAUUACUGGACUCUGGAUACGCCAUGGGCGGCGAAAUAAAGAAGGGUGUUUUCCGGGUGCUACGCAAAGGAAUGCCUUUCAUCGCCAAGUUGGGACACCCUGACGAGCUGUCGUUCUUGCGUCAUCUCUCCUCAACAGAAUCAGCCCAGAAACAUACCCUCGACCUUUUGGACACCUUGGAGUCCCGUCUGGGGCAACUGAUGAUCCUCCCCAUGCAUCAUUGUCUCGAUAAAAUCGACAUUGUCAACACUCCACUUAUAGGCUGGACUAUCCAACUACGUCGUCAACUUGUGGACGGUGUUGCAUUCCUUCAUAAACUUCACAUUGCGCACCUAGACAUCAAGCCUUCGAAUAUCGUCUACGACUUCAAAGCUCAACGUCUGUUUAUCAUUGACUUUGAUGUUGCUGUCUGGUGCAAUGACGCGGAAGCGAAGGUGAAAAUAGGCUGGGGUACUGACGGCUGGACAGCACCGGAAGUUGCUCUCGAUGAAGGCGAACCAAUGCGAGCAGUAAACCCUAUUAGGGUCGACUUGUGGUCCUGUGGGCGAGUCCUCAAAUGGGUUGAUCAGUUUAGAAAGCCAUACGAAGUUGACGCCGAUCUGACGCGGUUAUCUCUUCUUCUCAUGGACCAGCAACCAGAAUACCGACCUCUCUUGCAUGAAAUGAUCAAUGAAGAUCCAGGUUUUUGGUGUUCGGAUCGCCUCACUCAAGCUCUUGACAGUCAUUGUGAGAAUGUUUCACGCUUGCGAUCUUUGGAGAGCGUGUCAAGGUCAAGGACGACGAAAUGA